GUGUCCCAAACGCAAAUGGCGCCUUGACGGGAGUGAAGACCGUUAAACUUACUAUUAACGGACCUCGGAGCUUUACUUGAUGUUAUGAUGGUGAUCAGAGGAGUCCGCUAAAGCUGAAUCAAUGCUUAUUUUUUGGAAAAUUACUCAAUAUUGCUGCGUCCCGAAGGUUUCAAUGGAACUGGACGGUGUUUAUUAGUUCUGUUUAAUCUAACUUUCCAUACGGUUUCCAUAUAAUGAGAGGGACUCCGAUUUUCAGGAUGUGUUUGGUUGUCGUGGUUGUCCGGUACCUUCAAGGUUCCAGGCUGCGUGUGGAUGAUGGGCUCCCCCGUAUUGUGCACCACCCUGCUGACGUGGUGGUGCAGGUUGGGAAUCCUGCCACGCUGUCCUGCCGGGCCGAGGGGAACCCCCAACCCUUCAUCCAGUGGCUCCGCAAUGGCGUACCGCUGGAGCCGGAAAGGAUGGAGGGCCAGUCGGGACCCAUCGUCCUGCCGGAGGGCAGCCUCUUCUUCCUCAGGGUCACCUCUGGGAGGAAGAGUCAGUCCCACGAAGCUGUGUACACUUGCGUGGCUCGCAACAGCAUCGGAGUUGCCACCAGCCGCAACGCCACCCUGCGCAUUGCAGCUCUCCGCGACGAGUUCCGCGUGCAUCCCAGCGAUGCUGAAGUAGCCCUGGGUGAGGUGGCCGUGAUGAACUGUAGCUCGCCUAUAGGAUACCCUGAGCCCAACGUCACCUGGAGGAAAGAUGGCGUCCUCAUCAACAGCUCAGAUGAACAUUACACUGAACUCAGUGGGAAGCUGAUAAUAGCACCAGCUCAUAAACAGGACUCUGGAGUUUACGUGUGUGUCGCCUCCAACAUCGUAGCUGUUAGAGAGAGCAGAGCAGCCAGGUUAACAGUCCUGGAGAAGCCUGUGGUGCUGCUGGAGCCCCUGGAUGUUUCCGUCAGGUUGGGCGAGUCAGCGCAGUUCUUCUGCCAGGCUCAGGGAGACCCUGUGCCCACCAUGGAGUGGAGCCGAGCGCAGGGGCCGCUGCCCAACGGCAGGUAUUUGGUUAAUCCAGACCACAGUCUUCAGAUCCACUAUGUGACGUUUCAGGACGCAGGCAGGUACACCUGCACUGCGGCCAAUGCCGUAGGUGUUGCGACAGCCAGUGCUCAGCUGUUUGUGGAAGAUGGAACCAGCAGCAGCCAGAGGGACCUGCAUAGGGAGUUGUCUGCUCUGCGCAUCACCCUGGAGAACGUCACUGUUCUGAGAACUGCCACCAACCUGUCCCAAGUCAUAUGGAAGCUUCAGUCUUCGUCCCCCCAGCUGCACUACCUGGAGGGGUUCGAGGUGCUCUACCGUUCCCUGCUGCCUGCCAGUUCAGACUGGGCUGCUCACAAAGUGACCGGGCCCGCCCUGCAGGCCAGCGUUGGACCCCUGAAGAGGGGCUACAUGUAUGAGUUUAAAGUGCGGCCCUACGGGAGUGAUCUGUACGGCAGAGAGAGCAACACUCGGCACCUGAGAGUGCCAGAGACAGUCCCCAGCGCACCUCCUCAGGGCGUGUCUAUAACCGUGCCUGCUGACCGUAAUGACACAGCUUACUUGAGCUGGGAGCCCCCACCUCACGAGGCUCACAAUGGGAUCAUUCGUGGAUACCAGGUGUGGUGUAUGCAGGAAGAGGAACAGCAGUCCCUGAACUGGACGGUGAACAGUGGGACACAUUUCCUGGAGAUCAGCCCCCUGCAGACUGGCAGGCACUACUGGCUCCAAGUAGCAGCAGUCAACGGGGCAGGUGUCGGAGCCCAGAGCAGCCCAUAUAAACUGCUCUUAGAAUCAAAGGAAGAAUCAACUCCGUAUCAGAAAAGUGCAGUGAAUCUCUCAGAAGUGUUGGCGAUUAUGAGGGAGCCUGUAUUUAUCGGCAUUGUUGGCGCCCUCUUGUGGUGUGUGCUGAUGGCUACAGCUGCUUGUCUCUACCGGAAACAUGUCAGAUCAGCUAAUCUUGGAGGAGGAGAUCACAAAACAGCAGGUUUAUACCAACUCGCUAAUGAGGACCUCAUCAUCAAGCACAGAAUGGCAGUGCCAGAUUCUCCAUGGAUCUCAGGAGUGUGGAAGCCUGCCUCUAGCAGCGAGCAGUACCAGAGCCAGGAGACGGUAGACCUUAGGAGAACCACCUUACCCAUAACUGCAAGACAAGAGCCAAGCCCCCCCGAGCUAGCUGUUCCUAUGGUGCAGGACAACUGUGGUCUCUACGGUACCUUCUACGUGGAUCUGACCACCAGUGGCCUGAAGACGUUUAACAGUCCAACUCGAUGCCCCAAAAUGGCCCACCACAGCAUGCAACCUCAGAGCGCAGAGACUGUAUGCAUCUCUCAGCCUGUUGCCAAGGCACCAGUCACCAGGAUGGGGCCAGUGGUGCCAUGGAAACGGGCUCUCCCGGCGCAGCCCAAUAUGGGCAUUUUAAAGGAAUCCUGGGAGAAGAACUGCAAGCGAGAGCUGCAUGCAGUGAACAGUGCUCCGCAGGUGCCCAUGCAUCAGCAGGCCUUAGUGGUACACAGCGCCACUACCAACCACGGGCACAGGCUGAACCAUCACCCAGGUGGGGUGUCAGAGCGGCCCAAGCCUUUCGGAUCUCCCAGAAUCCUCCACUACUCGGCCUCUCUGCACCUGGUGGAUAUGCUGCCCAGCCGGCCCCCACUGCCCGGGGAUGACAGCCAGAGUGUCAGCUCCGAGGAGGGGUCCAGCCGGUCCACCAGGCUGACGGUGGACGCCGGCUCUCUGCAGUCCGUGUGCACCGCGUCGGUUCUGCAGGGCCAGGGCACCAUGGCGACAGGUUGCCCAUCCCAGCGCAGCACCUCCUGCAGCCAGCUGUCCACCGCCUCCUUCUGCAUGUCCACGGAUGGCCACCAGGACUCCACGCCUGGCAUGCAGGCCCGCCAGCACUGUCUAGAGCUCAGCCCCAAACAGCACAGACAUGGCAGCCUGUCUGAGAAGUCUCCCUCUUUGUCUCGGACGUUCUCCCCCACACCCACUUUUGGCUACAUCUGUGGGCCCUUUGACCGGGAAGUGGGAGACGUGGAUGAUGAGCAGGAGUCUCGGCCGACGGGACGCAGGAGGAUUGCGCUGAGGAGCACGCCCUCCUCCUGCUACAGCGAAUGGGAGGGCUCACUAUGGAACGGGUGGGGCUCCGUCUCCGAGGGAAACAUGCCGAGUGCGCGGGCGAGCAUCAUCAGCUCUUCAGAUGGCUCGUUCCUGAAUGACGCAAACUUCGCCCGCGUCCUGGCCAUGACGGGAGAGUCCAUGUGUGGGACUUUAUCAGAUUUCUCUCCGCCGGCGUCUCCCCUGAGCAUGCGGUUCCCAACGCGGGACUGUUUCGGGGAGGUGGACCCCCUGCCCGUGUGGGACUGGAGUAUGUCCUGGGUGGAGGAGAUGGAGGCCCAGCUCCGAUCCUCCAAAGAGACCAGAGGACCCGCAGUCUCUCCCCGCCGCGGCAGUGCUGAGUCCUGGGGAGAGCUGCCACACAGCCGGCCGAGCAUUUACAACACAGCCUCACAGCGGUGAUCCAGCUUGCCUCUCAGCUCUGACACAACAGCGCCCUACACGCAGGGCACACUGGCCCUGCCUUUCCCAGAAUUCCUCAGACUCAGGCUUUUUUUGGGACUAAGGUUCCCAAAAUCCCUUUUGGCAGCUUCUCUAUCUGACUUGAAUUGUGGUCAUGAAAACUUUUUAAGAAGGUUUAGUAAACGUAACGAAUGUGAGUUGCAAGGUUUUUGCGGUGCGUUAUUCAUGCUGAAAUGAAAAGCACUAUACUAUAAACUGGUAUUCUGAAAUUACAUGUAAAUAGGUUGCUUUUAUUUAAUGAGCAGUAUCAUGCAUACUGUUAUGUAAUAGCCAUCUGAAAAGCACAGGAACUAUUAUACAGGUUUUUUUCAUAAGCAUGGAUGAAACAUGGACAUCAGUUGAGAUUUGAUGCAAAAUGAGAGCAAGUUAAUAGAAUUGGUAAAACUAAGGAUAGAACAGUAUCCCAACUCUUUUCUUAAUUACAUUAAUAUUACUUGUGUUUUGUUAUGAAUUUUAUAGGUUGCCUUACUAAAAUGUUACUUUACAUAUGUUUACUAAUUCUGCUCCUGCUAAAGCCUUUGGUAAUACAAAUAAACUGUGCAUCAGUGA